UGAUUUUUAACUUGUAUAUAGUACGAUCACGACGUUUCCUUCCUCGUCCUUGUGUCUACAAACAAACGUUGUUCUAGUAUUAUAUGACUAUUUAGUAAGAAACACAUUUCCUGUCAAAAUUUUAAAAUGGAGCACUUAUUUAUUAUUAAUCAGUAAACAUUGUACCAGAAUAAUGUGCAUAUAACUGGAAAACAAGGAAUAUAAAUAUCUAAAUAGCCCAUAUGUAAUUGAAUUUCAUCCUUAUAUAAUAUAUGGCGAGUAUAUCUAAGGUUUUCUAAUCUGUCGUUGGCAGAUGAUCCAAAGAUGGUAAUGAAGUCGAAUAGGUGUAACCGAUGUUACUUAGCAACGCUUCUUAUAUCUUGUCUGGCGUUUUUGACUGUUGGAAUUCUAAUUGGCUAUUUCGUAAAGGAUAAUACCACACCAAAUGAUAACGAAACAAAUCCAUCUUUAGGCCUUGCGGGCCAGCCAAGUGUAGAAGAAGCCAUAAGGAAAAUUAUAAACAGAUUAGAUAAAUCAAAGAUUAAAGAAAACCUCAGACUAUACGCCAGUGAUACACGUAUGUCUGGUACCCCUGGUGGAAAUGAAUUAGUACACAUACUGGAAAAAAGUUGGAAAGAAGCUGGGAUCGACAGUGUUAAAACUACCCCUUACGAUGUACUUAUGUCUUACCCUAAUGAUACACAUCCAAAUAAGAUUCAGUUACUUUCUGGAAACACUGUUUUGUUUGAGUCUGCAACAGCAGAAAAGGCAUUAGAUGCUGACAGUAACAAGAAAACUAUUGUAGCGCCAUUUAAUGCGUUUGCAUCCGCUGGAGUAGCAGAAGGCGACCUCGUAUAUGUUAACUAUGCGAGAAUAGAAGACUUUAUGUAUUUAACAAAGAACCUAAGUAUGGAUUUAACUGGGAAAGUAUUGAUUGCUAGAUAUGGGAAGAUAUUUAGAGGAUCUAAGGUAGAAAAUGCACAAAACCACAAUGCCUCAGGAAUUGUAAUGUACACGGACCCGUCCGAUUUUAAUAUGGCAGGAGAAGCUACAUAUCCUAACUCGUGGUGGUUGCCAGAUACUGGAGUCCAACGUGGAACUGUCGGUCCUGAUGGAGAUUUCCUUACCCCAUUUUAUCCCGCAAAAGAUUAUGCUUAUCGUAAAACUGAAAAAGAUAUCGCCGAAUUCCGCAUACCUGCACAACCUAUUAGUUAUGGUGAUGCUGAGAAAUUUCUCAGGGAAUUAAACGGAGUAGAGGCACCAGCAGAUUGGAGGGGAAAACUAAAUAUUACAUACAGAAUUGGAACUGGAUUCUCAAAUGCCAGUUUGAGAGCCAAAUUAAUUGUGAACAACUUCGAAGAAAUAAGGACUAUUUAUAAUGUCAUUGGAUAUAUAAAGGGAUCUGUUGAACCAGAUCGGUAUAUAUUACUGGGGAAUCACUACGAUGCCUGGGUAUUCGGUUCUAUUGAUCCUUUAUCUGGUACAGCAGCAUUAACAGAAAUUAUCCACAGUCUUGGUGAUAUGCUCAAACAAGGUAUAAGACCAAAGCGUACCAUUGUGUUCUGUUCAUGGGGAGCUGAAGAACAUGGUUUAUUUGGUUCAACAGAAUGGGUUGAGGAGUACAUGAAAGUUUUAUAUGAGAGAUCAAUUGCUUACUUAAAUGUAGACUAUGCUGCUGACUAUAACUACGUCCUAACGGCAGGCACCAGUCCAUUGCUGCAAGAUACGUUAUACGAAACCACGAAAUUGAUUGCUAAUCCAGACAAAGCAAGUUCAUAUAAGACUUUAUAUGAUAUAUGGAAUAAGAGAGCACCAGGAGAAAAUGGUGAACCCAGUGUCUACUACUCACUUGGUUCUGGCAGUGAUAUGGCAACAUUUUACCAGAGAGCAGGAGUUCCUAGUGUUGAUAUGUGGUUUACCUACAACUCUGACAAGUGGCCACUUCUGUCAUAUCCCGUAUAUCACUCAGCAUAUGAAACAAUUUACCUUUAUGAAAACUAUAUUGAUCCAGACUAUUCUUACAACUUAGCAAUGGCCCAACUGUGGUCUGGAAUGGCAUGGAAAUUAGCAAACGAUGAUCUUUUAAAGUUUGAUGUGAGGAGGUAUUCCACUGCUAUAACUAAGUUUGUAUCAAACUUAGAAAAUAAGUUUUCUAAAAGUUGGCAUGCACAGAAUGUCAACAUAGAUGCUUUAAAAUCAGCUGCACAGAAUUUAACAGAUAGUGCUAAUAAAUUCCAAACUUAUGUUAAAUCUGCAAGUAUUAAAAGUGCUAUUGACUACAGAAUUAUAAAUGACAAAAUGAUUCAAUUUGAAAGAGCUUUCAUAGAUCCUGAAGGACUUCCUGAAAGACGUAGCUACAAGCAUGUGAUAUUUGCACCAAGUAAAUAUGAUUCGUAUUCAGACAAUGACUUUCCAGGAAUUGUGGAUACAAUGUUUGAAAUAGAAAGCAAUAAAGCAGAUGAUAAAUGGGACCAAUUAAAACAACAAGUUUCCAUAGCAACAUUUACCAUUCAGUCAGCUGCUAAUACUUUAGACGAUGUUGGUCUUUGAUGAUACUUUUAAAAAUUUAGAAAACCUGAAUCUCAGGAUAGUACUUAAAAAUCCUAUACGAAUGGACGUAAUCAAAUUCAUGAUAAUGGAAGGAGAAAGAUAAAGAAAUCCACAUAGAGAAAUUAAAUAUACAGUAAUUGUACUUCACUAGAAAACAUCAUAUGCGUCUCUAAUAAAAGUAAAUGAGAUUGAAAAUAACAAACAGAAGAUAAGUUUUCAACCCUGUUAUUAUUCAGAAAAGAUAAUAUAUACAGUAAUAAACAGAUGAGGCAAUGAAUGCUGAAAUGAAUAAAACUCAGCCAGGAGAUUCAGGCACUUUCAGUUUACUACAUUUUACAACCUACUUAUAAGUAAUUGGUGAUAUUAAGUACAGUUAAAUUUAUUUUUAUAAUUUGUCAUAAAGGUUCACAAGAAACAGUGCUAUUUAAAUGUAAAUGCCAUUAGUUAUAAGUGCUUAUGAAUUUUUGUUUUUCAUUUGUGUGAUAUCUUAAUUUAUUUUUGAGCCAGCAGUCUGUUUGACCUCUUAUUGAUUUUCCUUUUUCCAGUUAAAAAAAACAUUGGAAAUAUAAUUUUUUAAAUAUUUUCAUAGUCACUGAAAUAUUUUCUUUUCACUUAACAACAGGGGUAUAAAAUAUAUAUACAGGGAAAAUAAACAAAAGUAGAAUUUUUAAUAAAUAGCUGGAUUUUAAAUGUUACUAUUAUGUUUUGAAUGUGUGGUAGGAAUGGGUGUGUGAUGCCAUUGUGAAUUAUUGGAAUUAUGUACUGAAUAAUUAUCAAAGCUUAAUAAGAUAAGGCUGCCUGUCAAUUCCUUUACAUUUUUCACAUUAAUGUUAUGAAUUAUUUGUUGAUUUAUUGAUCUAUUCAUUGUUUAUAAUUUAUUUUGUCUUCAAUUUGAAAUUUAAUAAGGCGUUGUUGUUUAAGAGAACUGUGUAGUUAACACAUAAAAACUACAAUUAACUUAUAACUGAAUGUGUGUAUUAUAAAGUUGCAUUGUAUAAAAAAAUAACUUACUAUUUCACAUUACUGUGUCAUUCAUAUAAAAGUUAAUCUUAAGUCAAUUGAGAGAAACAUUUGGCUCUCCUGCUAAUGAUAAAUAAUAACCUACACAAUUUCUUUUCUUUCUUGAGAAGGUCAUUAUUUGUCUCAACGGAAUUCGUGUUUUUUUCUGUAUUUGGAGAAUCUGUGUCUGUGUGUGUGUAUGUGUGUUUGUGCUUUUAAAUUAUUGCAUUCAGAUAUUCCAUUGUAGCUAAGAUCUCGAUUGCGUUUGUCAUCCUUGUGUCAAUGACAUACAUUUGUUGAAUUAUCUCAUGUAGACACACUCAAACAAAGUAUAGUGGGUCUAGUUUGAAAUUUUCAUUUGAUGAGAAUGUAAAUUUUACUGUAAAAGUUUGUGAUUGUCAUUAAAUUAAUUUUUACAUCUUCAAAUGUAAACCUUUUAGUGUCACAAUGAUUUUCAGGUGUGCUAUGUGUACAUUUUUCACAAAUUAAUUCAUGUUAUGUAUAUGUUUAACUUUUGAGUUUCAUUUGUAUUAAUUGAAUUUAUUUCAUGUAAUAUUUUUCACUGGUUACACUGUUUUGAAUUUUGGUUAUCAUAAUAAAGAUUCAAACAUA